AUGGCGUUUCCGUGCUUCCGAGCCGGGCACCUCCGAUCACCACCCACCUUCGAUCAUCGCCGCCACCGCUACCACCAUCGCUGCUACUACCUUCGAUCACCGCCGCCGUCGCCACCCACCUCCGCCACCGCUAUCAACCGUCGCUACCACCUCCGAUCACCGACGCCACCCACCACCACCAUCGCUGUCACCACCCGCCUCCGUCUCCACCCACCACCACCGCCAACCACCGCUGUCGCUACAACUGCCACCUAUCACCACCCACCAUCACCGCCCAUCACUGACCACCGCCAUCCGAUUUUAUUCCUUCGUCUUUUCUUGCGUACCAAACAACAAAAAGUAAUGGUUCAUUCCAUUCUCAGAUGGUAA